GCGCGAGGGCCAGCGGCUGAGGCGGCGCUCUCCUUCAUGAGUACCCGGUCUGACAUCCAGAGUUUCGAGAAGUUGGUCACGCCGAAGGGCGGGGGCGUGCUCGAAGUCUCGAAAGCCUCGCCCUUGUACGUCAAGCAGGCGAUGCGCUUGGACGCAAUAGCCUGGCAGCUCAAGCAGAUUGCUCAGGGCGCGCGCGUGGACAUCGGGACCAGAGCCUUCGUAAGCCACCUGCGCAGGUCCCUGUCCGCGCAUGGGCCAUGGCCGGACGCGCGAAGACACGAGGCGGCCCUGCGGCUUACGCCCGCCCCCUGCUGGGAACUCCACCAACACGAAAUCGGCCCGCACUGGCACCGCCACUUGGAGCGCUGUCCGAGCUUCGAGCUCCCCGACGAGAUCGCCAAGCUGAAGCCCUUCCAGGCCGGCGUCACGAUCCGCAUGUCGGUCCAGAGGCCGUUGGCCCCUGAGCCAGGGCGCAGCUGGAGGCCGCCCCAGGGCAAAGUCCUCGACUGGCUGUCGUGCCUGCCAGGCGACGGCAUGCCCUUCGUGGUUGCGGAGCUCGUCGCAGGCGUGUGCUGCUACGACGCGGGCGCGAGACGCUGGCGACGUCGGCGCGCGCGGCGGGAGAGCUGCCCCGCGGGGGCGAGGCCCGCGAUUCAGGGCCCAGAUCCUGCGCGAUGGCGCUCGGGGUUCCCCUGCCCAGGCCGCCCCAGGCCGUCGACAUCCAUCGACGACGCCGAGCUGCUCGCGCUGCCGGCGAUCCCGAAUCACUCGGCGGCGCCGAUCACGGCGCGCUCCGACGCGGACUACGCGGUGAAGGGGCUCUUGGAUAGAGGCCUUGAGUUGACGACCUUUCACGAGGCUGCUUCGGCGGAG